UGCAUGAAUGUUUAUACAUUUGAUUCGAAAUAUUUGACUUCAGUUAUUAUUAAACUGAAAGGAUUGUUUUUCAAGCCAUUAAAGAGCACAUUUCUCACAAAAACUUAUUAAUAAAACUAAUUUGCUACAGGAUAAGUCAAUAAAAUUUUACUUCAACUAAUUUUUUUAAUUGUGAAUCACUGGCAAGCCCUUGGUUUUCAAGCAGCAUAAACUAGUAAAUUUUUGCUUCAACUUGGUGUUGUUUGUAAGAAAGACAAUCGAAAGCAUGAACCUUUUCUAUCAGUUAUUAUGUCCAACAUUCUUUGCUGUUAUUUUAGUUUUUAUAUUUAAGUUGCCUACUAAUGGUAAAUGGAAUUUUCAGUGGAGAUCCUUUUCAUUGAAUUUAGAUUUCAAAUAUAAGUAUUUUACAGAUAUUAAUAAUUCAACAUCAUUUUAUUCUUCAGUGUUCUGUCGUGGUAACAAUCAUACAGAUAGAUUAUGCCGAUUCAAGAAUUUGUGUUUUGAUCCUAAAUCCCAGUUAUUUGUCUUUUUUCAAAAUUCAAUAUCAAUGAAAACUGGUGUACCAAUCGAUAGAUUUUCACCAGCUCUUACUGACUUCUCCUCAGUCUCAGAUCACAACACACAGUAUUUCAAUUAUAUUGAACUUCCUGAUUUUUCAUCUAAAGAGUUUAAUAUUACUUUUCAUCAGGGGCAUGGUUUAAUGUUUAAACGCUUCAAUCCUGAUAAUCUAAUGCAUGUGUUUCAUGAUGAUCUCUUACCAAUUUUUGUGACUCUAGAUGAGCUUUCUCUUUUAAAUAAUUCUAACACUUUCAUCAUCAUAUCAGAUUCCAAGCCACCAGGUAUAUAUGCUAAUUUAUAUGAAAACUUUCUGAAUUCUAAACCCCUGUAUGUCCAUUUUUUAUCUAAAAAUCACCUCCAUUGUUUUGAAAAUGCCUAUGUUGGACUUAAUAAGGCAUCAGUAUGGUACCAAUAUGGCUUUAGAGAGCCUCAGGGGCCUUUACAAAAGCCACAUGUUGGUCCAAUAAUUAUUCAUUUUCGAAAUUAUUUUAUUAAACAAUUUUCAUUAAUAUUCCCCUCAGAAGAAAAACAGGCUUCUCUUUUAGUUCGUAAAUAUAACCGAAAGAUUCUAAAUGAAGAUAAAGUUAUUAAUGCCAUUUCAAGCAUUUCUGGAUAUAACACCCAUGUUCUUUCACUUGAUGGAUCUUCUGUUUUGGAAGUGAUUCAGGAAAUUUUAAAAAGUUGCUUGGUGAUAGCCAUGCAUGGUUCACUACUGAUACUUUCUCUCUUCUUGGAACCAUAUUCAAUUGUCAUUGAGCUGUUUCCCUAUGGCAUUCAUCCUGAUAUCAGCACCCCAUACAAGACUUUAUGUGAAUUUCCUGAAUUGAAACUCUUUUAUAAAGCUUGGAAAAAUGAUUUUAAGUCAAAUUCUUUCCCUCAUCCAGAAUAUCCUCCUGAAUGGGGAGGAAUCUUACAUUUGCCUUCUGAAGAGCAAAGAAAAAUACAGAGCUCACUUGUAAUGCCAUUUUUAUGCUGUGAUAACCCAGUGUGGUUGUAUCGCAUCUACCAAGAUACUGUGGUUGAUAUAGAUUCUUUUAGUAUAUUGCUUCAAACUAUUAUUAAGGACAAAGAUAAUUAUGUGAUUUCAGAUAAACAUCAAAGGACUUACCAUCUUUACCCAGGUGAAAUUUCUAGUGGAUGCUGUAAUAUUUCUGAUGAAACUUUAACUUUAAUGUGGGAACAACCUUGGAACCUUAGAUUUUUAGAUGUUUUACAGUUAGAAUAUGAAGUAUGGCUUCAGGACAUUGAAAGAGAUGACGUCCAAGCCUUUUUAAUGAAGACUACUAAGUUUGUUUUUCCUAUUAAGUCUGCAAAGAAAAUGUACUAUGCUUGGAUAAGAUGUCAUGCAGAUGGAUUAAUAGGGCCCUUCAGUUCAAACCCAAUUAUUUGUUCUUAUGAAUCUAAUUGUAGUAUUAUUUCUUGACCUUAGGUUGCUAGCUGCAAAUUUUAGUUUCUGUCCUUAAAAAUCAAUAAAGAAUGUGAUUUAAAUUUGAUGAUACAGUUAUACAUUCGAGAACCAAUUCCAAAAGAGAUUUUUGAUAUAAUUGUUUUCAAAAAUAGUUCAAGAAAAAGAAUCUAAUGUUACAUUUUCUUCAGGCUUAAUCUUUUUUAUUAUGUAUAGUCUGAUGUGUAAUGGAUUUAAAUCGCUCCAUUUUUGUUCACAUAUUUUCAUUUCAUAAUAAUAAUUUAGAAUCCAUCAGAUGGUAAUUGGUCCCUGACUGUAUAAAUUGUGUGUAUUUAAUUUAGAAAGAUAUUUAAAUUUAAGUAUUACUAAGCAAAAUUCUGUCAUUAAAUAUCUCAGUUUUACAUAUUAAUUACAAUAAUUAUUUUUAUAUGAUAUGUAUAUAUAUAUAUUAUGCAACUUUCAUAUAUAAAAAUGAAUUGCCAAAAUCAAAAAUAAAAUGUUCAGCUGAAUUUGCAUUUUCAUACUGCUUUAUCAAAUGUACAUAUUCUUGCAAAUUGAACAUUGAAAUAAAAAUUUCUAUACAAAUUUAUUUCAUUUUCUUAUAUCACUGUUAUGAAAAAAAUCUUGAAGAAAUUAAACUUCUAAUUUCUUCAAAGAACAGACAUUGCAUAUUUCCAUGGAGAUGCUGACUUCGGCAUUUUCAGAAGUGAAUCUUAUCAUUCUUGCAAUCGAUUAAUUUUCUUUUAUGAUGUAAUUUUCAAUAUUUUUAAUAUCUGAAGAAUUUUUUUGUAUACAUUUAUGCAUUUUAUUGUUCAGUUAAUCAUACUUAUUUUCAUCUUAGUGUUUAUGCUUGGCAAAAUUCAACAUUUUAUAAUGUUCAACUUUUUUUUUUUUUUUUUUGUUCCAAGCAUUUGUCAUAUAUGAAAGAGAUAUAAUAAGAUAUAAAAGGAUUGAAAUAUUUCUCAAAUCAUAUGCAUUAUUUGUUUCUUGCUAAACUUAAGUGUUUACCCUCCUCUUCCCAAAACAAAGGGGAAUUUACAACACUGGAGUGGUAAGACUGGAUGAGCAAUUAAUUAGAAAAAGGCCACUCGUUUAUAUUUUUACACAAGUAUAUCGAAUUAAUGAUAUGGAGAAAAAAAAAAAAAAGAAA